GAUAUCAAAUCCAUAAAUCAAACAUCAAAUUAUUUUUAAAAACAUCACAAUGUUAACAACUCAACGUGCCAUAUCUUUUGGUACUAAGAGAAUAAACUCCUACAAGUCAAUAUGCUCACCAUGUAGUCGUCGGCCUUUCACUCAAAGAUUGGUCAGAGUCAAUGAUAUUGUUCUGCUGAAGCCGGAAUCGAAUCCAAGGGCUGUACCUACUUUGUCAAAGCCUCUAAAACGAGGUGAUUCUCUUGUAUUCAAGGAUCACAGAAAAGUCAAGGCAGAUGACGUUAUUGGAAAACCAUACAGAUCUGUAGUGGCUGGUGGUAAAAAAGCAUUAUUUCGCAUAUAUGAACCUACGCUUGGUCAAUACUGUGAUAAUGCUCCAAGGAUCGUGACACCUAUCUAUUCCUCAGAUGCAAGCUUGAUUGUUUCUUUACUAGACCUCAAUUUUGCGGCAGUGCCAUCUCAUCAAUCUGAAAGCGCCAUUGAACUUGAGAAGUUUAGUCCUCAUAGGCCACUUAACGCACCUGUUGUUUCGCAAGAUGUGUCGCAAGAUGAAGAUGAUCUGAAGCCGGCGACGUCUCCUGAGAGCAAAAACCUUGAAUCUACAGAUAUUCUAGAGAAGGACGAAUUGUCAGAAGAGAUCAAGGAACUCCCUAUUGAGCCAACAGAACUCACAGACGUAGAAUUACCUGAGGACUGGGAUUCCGUGAAACAAAAUAGUGAAACACUGGAGAUUUUCGAGGCUGGUACCGGUGCCGGUUCAUUAACUCUGCAUCUUGCUCGAGCGAUCCAUGGAGCAAACACAAGGGCUCCGCCAAUACCGAGGUUUCUUCAAACGAGAGGCAAGAUUUCCCCUGAUGAAGAUAUCUUUCGAUACGGAGGCAAGCUUAGCGAGAGAGCUGAGAAAAUGACUGAUCUAUACAAUGAAUGGCGCUCACAGCGACGAGCCGUGAUUCAUAGCUUAGAUGCGGACGAACGCCAUUCGAGACAUGCACAAAAAACUGUAAGAAAUUACCGUCAUGGAGCGUAUUUCCCCCACAUCGAUUUUCAUGUUGGUAGUAUUCAUGAUUACCUUUCAAAACGUUUGGAAGAGACGAAAGGUGUCUUCCUCGAUCACGCCAUCUUAGAUAUACCCGGUAUUCAAGACGAAAUGGAAAUUGUGGGAAAAUGCAUUAAACCUGAUGGGCGCUUAAUCACAUGGUGCCCUAGUAUCACACAACACAUGAAGUGUCUAGAGGUUGUAAAAGGGAAGAAAUUGCCUUUCGUGUUGGAUCGGGUGUUAGAACUGGGAUCGCAACUUAGUACAGGGGGACGAGAAUGGGAAGUGAGAUCAGUAAAACCCCGAGCACUGAUCAAGGCCGAGAAGAAAGCCAAAGCUGAGAAAAUAGACAGAAAGGAUGGAUCCAAAGCUUCAUCUAUCGUUGAUGAAUGGCUCUCAAAGAUUUCAAGUAAGGAGGAUGAGGUAACCAGUGAGGACGUGGAAACAUCCGAAUCUGAAAGUGUUCCUGUUGAAGCAAGCACUGGAGACGCGAGUGAUCUCACGGAUAUGUCAGGAUGGGAAAUGAUAUGUAGGCCUAGAGUUGGAGAUAGAAUAACGGGUGGAGGAUUUGUUGGCGUCUGGAAGAAGAUGGAUAUGGAUGUUUAACAAACUAUGUAAUAUGUAACUUUCUCUGUAUUCAAUGUAUCAAGAUAUAUGUAUAUAUAUAAAUUAACAGUGUGCUACAACA